GAUGGAUCUGGCAUACAUCUGCGAGUGGGAGAAACGGCCAAAGAGCAACCACUGCCCCUCCAUCCCACUCGUCUGUGCCUGGUCCUGCCGCAACCUUAUCGCAUUUACCACAGACCUGAAAAACGAGGAGGAAAAAGAUCUCACCCACAUGAUCCACAUGAUUGACACGGAGCAUCCGUGGGACGUCUAUUCCAUCAAUUCCAGGCACGUGGAGAUGAUUACCUGCUUGGAGUGGGACCAGUCAGGGUCCAGGCUUCUGUCUGCAGAUGCGGACGGCCACAUCAAAUGCUGGAGCAUGACAGACCACUUGGCCAACAGUUGGGAGAGCACCGUGGGCUGCAGUGUGGAAGGGGACCCGAUUGUGGCUCUCUCCUGGCUGCACAACGGGGUGAAAUUGGCUUUGCACGUGGAGAAGUCCGGCGUGUCGAAUUUCGGGGAGAAGUUUUCCCGGGUCAAGUUCUCCCCGUCACUGACCUUGUUCGGCGGGAAGCCCAUGGAGGGCUGGAUCGCGGUCACCAUCAGCGGCCUGGUGACCGUCUCACUCCUCAAGCCGAACGGGCAGGUCCUGACCUCCACGGAGAGCCUGUGCCGCUUGCGCUGCCGGGUGGCCCUGGCCGAUAUCGCCUUCACGGGCGGGGGCAACAUUGUGGUGGCCACCUCGGACGGCAGCAACGCCUCCCCCGUCCAGUUUUACAAGGUCUGCGUCAGCGUGGUCAAUGAGAAGUGCAAGAUCGACACGGAGAUCCUCCCCUCCCUCUUCAUGCGCUGCACCACAGAUCCAGCGCGGAAGGACAAGUACCCAGCUAUCACCCACUUGAAAUUCUUUGCCCGGGAUAUGUCGGAGCAGAUCCUGCUCUGUGCCUCCAACCAGAACAACAGCAUCGUGGAGUACUGGUCACUCCGCAAAGAGGGCCUGCCAGUAAACAACAUCUUCCAAAAGCUGUCACCCACGGUGGGGGACAAGCCGCCAAUGAUUCUGAAGUGGCGGAUCCUUUCGGCCACCAACGACUUGGAUCGGGUGUCAGCCGUGGCACUGCCCAAGCUGCCCAUCUCCUUGACCAACACGGACUUGAAAGUGGCAAGUGACACCAAGUUCUUCCCUGGGUUGGGCCUUGCUCUUGCCUUCCAUGACGGCAGCGUUCACAUCAUCCACCGCCUCACGCUGCAGACCAUGGCGGUCUCCUACGGCUCCCAGCGCCCAGUUGACGAGCAGGCCAUCAAGAGGCAGCGGACAUCCGGUCCCUCAGUCCACUUCAAAGCCGUGCAGAUGUCGUGGACGUCGUUGGCGCUGGUUGGAAUUGACAGUCAUGGCAAGCUGAGUAUGCUGCGGAUCUCCCCUUCCAUGGGCCACGUCCUGGAUAUGAACAUGUCCCUCCGCCAUUUGCUCUUCCUGCUGGAGUACUGCAUGGUCACAGGCUAUGACUGGUGGGACAUCUUGCUUCACGUCCAGCCCGGGAUGGUCCAAAACCUGGUGGAGAAGUUGCACGAGGAAUACAUGCGCCAGAAUGCAGCCCUGCAGCAGGUUCUCUCCACCCGCAUCAUCGCCAUGAAAGCGUCCUUGUGCAAGCUGUCCUCUGCCACGAUGGCCCGGGUGUGUGACUACCACGCCAAGCUCUUCCUGAUAGCCAUCAGCUGCACCUUGAAGUCGCUCCUCCGCCCGCCGGUCCUGAAUACCCCCGACAAGAGUCCUGGGGACCGGCUCACCGAGAUCUGCUCCAAAAUCACCGACGUCGAUAUUGACAAGGUGAUGAUUAACCUGAAGACGGAAGAGUUUGUCCUGGAGAUGACCACACUGCAGUCCCUCCAGCAGCUUAUCCAGUGGGUGGGGGACUUCGUCCUCUACCUCCUCGCCAGUCUGCCAAAUCAGGGAUCCGGCCCGGUCCGCCCGGGUCACAGCUUCUUGCGCGACGGUGUGUCUCUGAGCAUGCUCCGUGAACUGAUGGUCAUGAUCCGGAUCUGGGGGCUCCUGAAACCCAGCUGCCUCCCCAUUUACACGGCCACUUCAGACACGCAAGACAGCAUGUCGCUACUCUUCCGCCUCCUGACCAAGCUGUGGCUUUGCUGCCGCGACGAGAACCACCCCAGCGAGCCGGACGACGCCCUGAUCGACGAAUGUUGCCUCCUGCCCAGCCAGCUGCUCAUCCCCAACAUCGGCUGGCUGCCCGCCAACGACUCCAUCAUCAGCAAGCUGCAGAACAAGCAGCCGCUCCGCCUGCAGUUCGGGAAGCCCCCGGGGCUGACGGGCCACACCGCCUUACUGCAGUUCGACGCCUUUGCCAGGGCACCCGGGCAGCCUAAAAUCGACCAUUUGCGCCGGCUUCACCUUGGGGCGUACCCCACCGAGGAGUGCAAAUCCUGUACCAGGUGCGGCUGCGUCACGAUGCUCAAGUCCCCAAACAAGGCGACGGCUGUCAAGCAGUGGGAGCAGCGGUGGAUCAAGAACUGCCUCUGCGGCGGGCUGUGGAGGAAGAUGCCGCUCAGCUACUCGUGACGGCGCCCCCUGUGGGGA